GCUGGUUUGACACAUAAACUCCACUUAGUCUGCAACCCCAAUGUUACUCCUCAGUAUAAAACUUGUCACUUAUGGCACGUUACAAUCCGGAUUAGGUUUGAUUACCGUUCCCAGAGGGCCACCUACCGCAGUUGGACUCUUUUAGCCGCGGGGAAGUGGGUGAGGAUAUUGGCUGAGAUGCUCAUUGAUGGACAUGACACGAGAGAGUCGCUCUUUACCCUAUGAAUUUACCACCAAUGUUAAAAACCGGGGCUGACGAUAUAAAGUGCUUGCUUGCGCUGCUCUACCUCUGACCCACGUUCCGGCAGUUCAAAUAGUGCAUGUCCUGAUCGGCUCACUGGCGCUCAGUCUCUGUGUGCAUCUGUGAAUCUUUGGAUGCCGAUUUCAACAUCGACCACGGGAGUCCUAUCGCGAUAGACAACCUCGCCAACCCAGUCAUUGUGAAGCUGCACCAUCCGAAGAGAAUGCGGUACUACGCGCUGGCGAGAGCUCUGCUCUUCCAGGUCCUCCUCUGCAAUGUCCUCGCUGCCAAUAUCAGAGCCAUAUAUCUGUUCAAAGACGUGAUGAAGUCCAACACCGCAGCUCUCAAGUCAUCUGGCUUCAACAGUCUGAUUAUGUUCGGUGUUGGCGUGCUGGAUAAUGGCGACAUCAUGUACUACUCAAACACGCCCAACAGCUCAGACGUCCUCGUCGCAUCUGACGGCGCCUACGUCGGCGGCACAGCACUGUCAGACAAGGUGAAGUCGUUCAAGACAGGCACAACGGGCGUCAACCGGGUCGAGAUCUCAAUGAACUCGCAGCACAUCAAGGAGCUGGUGGCCAGCCCAGGCACGGGGUCCUCAACGCGGCUGUACCGCAACUUCGCGGCGCUCAAGACCGCGUGGGGCCUCGACGCCGUCAACAACGACGACGAGUCCAUCUACGACGUGGCCAGCACCGUGGCGUUCGGCCGCAUGCUGGGAAACAUCGGCUACAAGUACACCAUCGCCCCUUACACCAACUCGGGCUUCUGGAACUCGGUCCGCUCGCAGCUGAACAACGGCCUCGCGGAGCCGAACCUGCUGCUCGACAGGGUCUACCUGCAGUGCUACGACGGCGGCGCCGGCAACGACCCCGUCGGCUGGCAAACCACGCUCAGCAUGAAGGUCGUGCCGCUCCUCUGGGUUAUCAACGACUCGAAGCCCUCCUACGGCCAGACACCCGCCCAGGCGCAGUCGAGCUUCAGCAGCUGGCAGUCGCGGAGCGCGCUGGGUGGAGGAGGCUACUGGAAUGACUAUGACAUUGAGAAGAUGGGAUCGUCGUAUACCGACUACGGAAAUGUACUGAAGACCGUUUUCCCUUAAAUAGUCAUCGUGUUACGGCAUUUUUUUUCUUGAUACGGCCGAGAUCAGCGACUGAUCGAGUCAAACAUUCGGAUAGUCAAGGAGAAAAGUCCGCCAAGGAAUUGAACUGGAAAUUCAGAACGCAACACUCCACAAGUCACCGCUAUAAUUUUAUUUGAAGGCUUGCUAAAGUGCGACUCUGAGGCGUGUUUCCCAUUUGUCUGUAGCACUUAUUGAAACGACAUAACUCGUACUGCAGAAAUUCUAUUGGCCACGUCUGAUCG